AUGCAGGACGGCGAUAAUGAGAAAGACCGCAAGGUCAAAGCAACAACAGUGAAGCAUGCGACAUUCGUCGAACCAGAAAAGCCAACAGAUGGGUCUGUGGGCGACAGCGACGAGGACACCAGGUCGCUAGAGGUGACGUUCGAUCCCUCCAACCCGUAUCGACGAAAGAGUUCGCUUGUAGCAUCAGAAGCUGUGCCGCCCUAUUCGCAGCAUCCCGUGACAGCGCGGCGGGAUCAAUGUCUCGUCCACCAAUUUCUUGACAGCCAGCGCCGGGCUAAUGCCGCAGUUGGUGCUUCAGGUCACAGGCGAUACCAUGCGCAUCCGAUUUACGCUAGUCCUGACGAGCAUGACGAGGACGUCCUCGACAUAACCAAAGAGGAAGGGAGGGAUGAUCUCGUGGAACCCAAACACAAGCCCAGACAAGCUUCGCGUGUCGAGAUAGACCCUUCUAGCCUCGAUGGCGAUCGGGUUGGCCAGACAGAUCAAGAGGCUUGGACUCGUGAAAUGGCCAAGAGUGUAUCCCAGUUGGAUUUGACGCUUAAAGAAGAAAUCCACAGUCGCAUGCUUACCAAAAAGCAACUCAGUGAUAUGGCAUGGGGUGUUCGCGAACUAAGUCGACGGCUGAGUAGCAUGCGAAUCCGCUUUCGGGUCAAGACCAUUUUCCUGUUGACUAAGAUUUACGAUCAAGACCUGAUUCCAAAGACGAGAGAGUUGACAAAGUGGCUACUGCACAAUGAGAGAGACGUCCAAUACGUUGUGUACGUACAGGACAAAUUGAAGACAAACAAGAAGUUCGACGUACCUGGGAUCCUAGACGACGUGGCAAAGAGCUACGCAGUGGACGGAAGCACAAGUUUUGCCACGGCAAGAGAAGGCUUGGAACGGCGAUUGCGGUAUUGGGAUGAGCCAAUGUGUAGAUUACGACCGCACAUGUUUGACUUCGUCAUUACAUUAGGAGGAGACGGCACUGUUUUAUACGCCAGUUGGUUAUUCCAGCGUAUUGUUCCUCCCGUUCUUAGCUUUGCCCUGGGGAGCUUGGGAUUCUUGACCAAGUUUGACUUUGGAGAGUAUAAACGGAUUCUGGGGUCGGCGUUUGACAAGGGUGUCACUGUUAGUUUGCGCCUUCGGUUUGAAAGUACCGUGAUGAGAAGCAUCAAACGAAAGUACUCUGAUGAUGAAAAGGGGUCGGGCGAAGAUGACGAUGAUCUGCAUAGACGUAGAGACUUGGUGGAGGAGUUGAUUGGGGAGGAAAGGGAGGACGAACACACUCAUCGGCCAGACGGCACGUUUGAAAUCCUAAACGAAGUCGUGGUGGAUCGCGGACCGAACCCAACCAUGUCUUACACGGAAGUGUUUGGAGACGACGAGCAUUUUACUUCCAUCCUUGCGGACGGAGUCUGCGUGUCUACACCAACAGGAUCAACGGCGUAUAAUCUCGCGGCUGGAGGCUCGCUUUGCCAUCCCGAAAAUCCAGUCAUGUUGGUCACGUCGAUUUGUGCACACACACUCUCAUUUAGGCCCAUCAUCCUGCCAGACACAAUUGUCCUUCGUGUGGGCGUGCCAUACAACGCUCGAACGGCAUCAUGGGCGAGUUUCGACGGCCGGGAGCGAGUGGAGCUGCAUCCUGGCGAUUAUGUGACGAUUAGUGCGAGUCGAUUCCCGUUUGCAUCUGUGCAGACAGAGGGGAGACGAAGUGAGGACUGGGUAAAUAGUAUCAGUGGCAAGUUGGGGUGGAAUACGAGACAGAAACAGAAGGACUUUAAACAGUGGGAUUAG